UUGUUUGCAAGCUGGCAUAUGUACUGUGUGUACAUGUAGAUCUACUGUCUGUGUGGGGCACAUCUGACACUGCAUGAAAAUCUGCCAGCAGCUUUUGAAGACAUUGCAGCGAAAUGUUUCCUGCAGAGCUUUCGUUUGGAGUAUUGACAAAUUCUUCUAUUUGUGCUGUGGAGGUGUGAUGGCAAAAGGAGGCCAGUUGAAUGUUCGUCUAUGCGUAGCUCGAGUUGGGAUAUGCAGCUUGGAUGUAUGAGGACUGCUGCAGCUACUGAUGGUGGUUUGUUCUCUUCACUUAGUUCUUCGGCUGCCGACGCCCAUGAUUUAUCGUCAAAAUGUUUUGGAAAAUGCGAAUGCAGGCUCCGUCUGCACUGGACGAUUUAUUGGCUUCAGACAGCUGUACUUUAGAGGAAGUUCUUGAUGAAGAAAAUGUAGUAGAUGAGCUACGAUCGAAUAGAGCUCUACUUGACUUUCUUACGCGUGGUGAUAUUCUCAGUGAGAUAAUAACUCUAGUAAUUGAGGAGCCACCGGAUGAUUUAGAAGAGAGUGUUCGAUACAAGCAUCCCCAUGUUGCGUGUAACCUGUUUUCGUUGGAGCAGAGCUCUGCCAACGCUCUAGCUGACAGCAUUGUGGCGGAUGAAAGCCUCCUGGACAAACUCUGGACAUUUCUGGAUCAGGAUGCUCCUCUGAACCCUUUGUUAGCUAGCUUCUUCUCUAGAGUUCUGCUCUCACUGCUGCAGAGGAAAGCUGUAGUGAUGAUGGAGUAUAUGAGUAGCAGAGAUGGAGCACUCCGUCAGCUACUAGGUCACAUUGAUACGUCAGCCAUAAUGGACUUAAUACUGGGAAUGGUGUCGGCUUGUGACUCGGCGCCUCUGCGAAGAGACCUUGUACAAUGGUUUCGAGAUGCCCAACUGGUAAGGUCACUCGUUGACCUGGUACACCCAUCAGUGGAUGAGGACAAGCAGCGAAACGCCGCCCGGGCCCUGUCAGAGCUGGUUCGCAUGUGCUACGACCACCUGGGACGGACCUCUGAUGUCCUACAGUCUGACCCGCUUCUGGAUAUUUUGGAGCACGACGAUACCAUACAGCGCCUGCUGAAUAACAUCCUGACAGAGAGUGCUGAAACGGCAUCGCCCACCAUCCGUGGUGUGCAUGUACUCCAAUCCAUGCUGACAUUGCAGCAAGGCCUGACAGACCAGUCCCAGGUUGACGUACCUGGCGUAGCCAAUGAGGAAGCGGCGCGCCAGGUUGUGGCCAGUCUCACACCGUGGCUAUCUGCGUUUCAUCGGCUUUUACUAGAGCCGCCGACGAGUAGACCAGUUGUGACCACGGUCGGAACAAUAGCCGUACCUGUUGGUCCAGCUCGCUUGGGCAUAAUUCAGCUCCUUCUGCUUUGCUUACAAAGUAAUGUGCCUGAGUUCAUGGAGGAAUUCAUACGUCUUAACAUUGGACCAACGCUAUUGGAUCUGUUCUUUCAGUACAUGUGGAACAAUUUCCUCCACACACAAGUGGAGCAGCUGGUGGUGUUCGCUUUCACUAAUAAGACAGCUACGGCAGGAGCGUCCUCGUCUUCUGGAACAACAUCUAUGAGCACAAUGGACUCUACUGGCUCGCAGGCCGAGAAGGCAAACUCUAUUGGUCUUGGGCUGCUGUCAUCGUACCAGCUUACCGAGAAGCUUGCUCAAGCCGGUAUUGACAAUGAUCGUGAGCAGGGUGCACCGGGUGGUCGGCGGCGAGGCUACAUGGGCCACAUAGUGAGCAUGUGCAACACCAUUACCAGCACGAUGGAGAGUGAUGAGCGAGUCGCGGCCGCCGUCAAGGAUGUGUGCGACGAGCAGGAGAACUGCCUUUGGAAAGAGUGGGUUGACGGCGGUCUGGCAACGGCUAAUGAGCGUAACAAUGCCCUACUCGGCGGGCAACAGAUGAUGGAUGAUGAUCCAGAUGAGAUUCUAAUGGAGCCAAGCAGCAGUACAACGGACAGCAUUCACCAAGCUUUCCUCAAUUACCAAUCAGAGCAGCUCAGCACGGAGUUUGCUGACAGCUUUGGCUUUGAUGAAGAAGAGCUUGGGUUUGCUGAGCCUUCAGUAUCUGCACCGUACGACGAAGCUGCUGCACUCGACUUUGACCUGGUCACUGCUGUGCAAACAUCAGAGGAGGAUCAGUUCAAGACCUGUUGUGAAGCUCGGAUAGAGCAGUUUGGAAACAUACCGUCUUGGGAUGACAACUGGUCAGCAGUGAAAACGAGUGCGUCAUCCUCUGCUAUGGAUGAAGACCUGUCAAAUAGCAAUGAUGACAGACAAGCAGGCGAAGCUGGUGCGUCAUCUUCUUCUCCUCACACCGAGAAUUCAGAUGAGACGGAAGCUGUCAGUUCUCACAGGCAAUCUCCGCACACGCAUGUCAUUGAAAUCAAGGAGACUCCGAAAGUCACCGAUCUAGAUGAUAGCAUCUUGAUGGACGAUACUGGUGAUAAUGAUGACGAAGGUGAGAGUAUAGACGAGGACGCAGCAGGGAACUUUGACUUCCUGACCGCUGGCCUCAUGUCGAAGAAAUCUGUGGAGGUUUCUGAUAUUAGGGCAGACGCCGAAGCAGCGAUGAAAGAAUUCGAGGAAGUCACUGGCAUGGCCUCGUCGUAGACAACCCCUUUUGUCUUUUCUUUUUCUAUUUGUUAGAAGUCAUUUCUUGUAGACAGAUUUUUAAGUAGGUUUGAACACAACAGAGGGAGACUGUGCCUUUUUUUCAGACGUGCAUUCUUCUCUCCGCCAUCCUCUGUAUCUACAUGAUUACCAUGGUUACAUGCGCACCCCUGCCUGCUGGCCAGAUUGGCAGUAUUUAUAUUUUGUCGCCUUUCUUUAGUGACGUUGAUUUAUCAGAAUGUGGAAAACUAUAGCAUUGCGUGCGCGCGCGUGUGCGUGCUGUGGUCAGGUGCACCGGUCGCAGCACCCAUCGUCGUCGUCGUCGUCGCCACGUGCGCACACAAUCUUCACAAACACAGUCCUUAUCAACGCGCUCUGCUUCAUCACAUGCAGUUCUAUUAUCUGACGUGUCUUCUUGCCAUAUGAAAUACUCUAUUAUUUGUGCCUGUACAAAUCCUGUUUCAGUAUUUCCUUCAUUUGUUAUCAUAAAACACACGCUAGGAUUAUGUACGCAUCAUCAUCAUCAUCUCCGUUCAUGUCUCUCCGUGUGUUUGCUUUUCGUCUGUCUCUGUUUUCACACCUUACCCUGGCUGGCCAUCUUUGUGUGUUGUCUCUACUAUACGUUUCUGUAGAAUCUGAUGUUUUUCUCACUUCCUUCUUGUUGUACCAGUGCCCUGCCCCCAACUCACACUCAUGUAAUACUAAUCCGCUGCCCCUACUGUUCAUUUUUCCCUUCUGCUGUGGCCGUAUGAGUUGUUAUUUGCUGUCGGAGUUGUUCCCCCUGCACGCCCCUACGCCUCCGCCCAUUCAUAGCAAUGCAUCCUGGCAUAUCCUAAGGCACUGUUGACGGCACAUCCAAUAAUGAUAAUAACAACAGCUACGACCAACAGGGUACUAAAAAUUAUUAUAACUAUUCAUUUGAUACUCUCCUAUUGGCCACGCUCUCCGUUGCACAGUCUUCUCUCUCUCUCUCUCUCUCUCUCUCUCUCUCUCUCUCUCUCUCUCUCUCUCUCUCUCUCUCCCUCUCUCUCCCUCUCCUUCUCCUUCUCCUUCUUUUGCUUCACCUGCACAUUCGUUCUUGUCGUUGUUUUGUAUGCUCUGCUGAGGAUUUGAUUUGGCUCUCUUCAACUCUUGUUCUUUCACUCGUUGAGUGCAGAUCUUCCUUCCAUGCUGCAUACUACACUGCUUCAUUCAUAAUGUACAAUGGCUGCAUCACCAACAGUCCACCAUGAAGACGUUUCCCCUUGUCGAA